CGGAGCGCGGCCCCACUUCCGGCCCCGGACUGUACUCUGCUCGGUCUCGGUCCCGCCGGGUCCCCGGCCCCCGGCCCUGGGUCCCGCCAUGGCACAGCCCCGUCUCACCGACUUCUUCGCGCGCCGCCGCCCCGGGCCCCGCGCCGCGCCGCCGCGGGCCAAGCCGGCCUGGCGCACCCCGAGCCCCGCCAAGCCGGCACCCCCCACCCCGGCCCGGACCCCGGGAGGCAGCCGCAAGCGCGCCCGCCCGCCCGCCGAGCCCACGCGCGACCACCCCGCGCCGCCCGCGCGCAGGCGGCUGCGGCUACCGGCCGACACGGUCUCGAGCCCCAGUGCCCUGGCUGCCCCAGGCUCCCCAGAGGAGGCCACUCGCUCAGCAGGUCAGCUGCCCUGCUUGGCAGCCCAACAGGACAAGGCCUCCUCAAAAGUCACACUUUCUGAACUCAAGUCGUGCCUACAGCGGGCACGGGAGCUAGGGGCCCGGGCCCAGGAGCUGAAAGCAAGUGCCCAGAGGAAGGAUGCUGGGGAACCCUGCGUGCUGGAGGACCAGGGGCAGCCAGCAGGGCCAUGCGGACAGAAGGCACCCGCCUACCAGCGCUUCCACGCCUUGGCCCAGCCGGGGCCCCCGGGGCUUGUGCUGCCCUACAAGUACCAGGUGCUGGCCGAGAUGUUCCGCAGCAUGGACACCAUCGUGGGCAUGCUCUACAACCGCUCCGAGACCGCGACCUUUGCCAAGGUUAAGCAGGGCGUCCAGGACAUGAUGCGCAAGCGCUUUGAGGAGCGCAACGUGGGCCAGAUCAGAACCGUGUACCCCGCUUGUUACCGCUUCCGCCAGGAGCGCAACGUCCCCACCUUCAAGGACGGCGUCAAGAGGUCCGAUUACCAGCUUACCAUUGAGCCGCUGCUAGACCAGGAGGCCGGCAGCACGGCUCCCCAGCUCACGGCCUCGCACCUCCUGCGGCGCAGACAGGUCUUCGGCCAGAAUCUGGUGGAGCGCGUCCGGGAGCACCACAGGGCCUUCCUCGCCUCCCUGAACCCGCCCAUGGUGGUGCCUGAGGACCAGCUGACACGUUGGCACCCCCACUUCAAUGUGGACGAAGUGCCUGACAUCGAGCCGGCUGAGCUGCCCCAGCCCCCCACCACAGAGAAGCUGGCCACCGCCCAGGAGGUGCUGGCCCGUGCCCGCAGCCUGAUGUCACCCAGGAUGCAAAAGGCCCUGAGCGACCUGGCUCUGCGUACGGCCAAGUCCGGCAGCCCCGGGUCCCCCGGCCCUGCCCCGCCGGCCACCCCGCCGGCCACCCCGCCUGCCGCCCUGAAGGGGGUGUCCCAGGACCUGCUGGAGCGGGUGAGUGUCCGGGGUCCUGGCAGGGGCCCGUGGGACCGGCUCUCCGCUGACCGUUCUCGGGGCCUACCGCAGAUCCGCUGCAAGCAGUCGCAGAAGCAGCUGGCGCAGAUGACGCGGCAGCCGGAGCAGGAGCGGCGGCUGCAGCGGCUGGAGCGGCUGCCCGAGCUGGCCCGCGUGCUGCGUGGCAUCUUCGUGUCGGAGCGCAAGCCCGCCCUCACCAUGGAGGUGGCCUGCGCCAGGAUGGCGGGCAGCUACCGUGCGGCCCUGAGCCUUGGGGAGAUGGAGAAGCACGUACAGCUGCUCUCUGAGCUGCUGCCCGACUGGCUCAGCCUCCACCACGUCCGCACCGACACCUAUGUCAAGCUGGACAAGGCUGCUGACCUGGCAGGUGUCCUCGCCCGGCUGGCCCACCUUGCCCGUGCCGAGGCGGCACUGUGAGCCUCGCGGGCCUGGGCUUAGGUCCUUGGCCUGCCGUGUCUCUUUUAUUCCCUUUAGGAACACAAUGCACUUUUCUUCCCCUCCUAACUCCCCACCAGGGUCCCUGGCCAGUGCGGGUGGUGGGCCCACCCUCUUGCAGAAUAUUGUCAUUAAACUGGUUUCUGUUGG